AUGGAGAUGCAAACGCCAUCCAUAAGCUCUUUAGCUCAUUGCAAAAAAAAGGAUCCGAGAUUUUUCCAUUUGAUGGAUCUUGAUGAAGAUUUGAGGCUCCGCAAUGUGAUGUGGAUCCAUCCGCGUAGCAUAGCUGCGUAUCAAGAUUUUCAUGAUGUUGUGAGCUUUGAUACAACCUACUUGAUCAACCAAUAUCAGAUGCCUCUAGCAACAGUUGUCGGUGUAAAUCACCAUAACCAAUCUAUUCUACUAGGAUGUGCGUUGUUGUCACACGAGCAUGCGGAUUCCUUUAAGUGGUUUUUUAGUAAUUGGGUAGAGGCAAUGCGGGGGGUUCAUCCUACUGCGAUAUUGUCAGAUCAAUGCGAGUGUAUCAAGAUUGUUGUUAGAGAAGUUUUGCCCAAUACCAUCCACCGUUUGUGCUUAUGGCACAUAUGCCAGAAAAUUCUCCAAAAAUUUGAAGGUGUUGCUGAGUAUAAAAGAUGCUUAGUAGAAUUUUACUCCAUGAUCUAUAACAGCCUUAGCAUUGUGCAGUUUGAAGAAAGCACUUUGAAGACGUUUGUGGAACAAUAUGAAGUUGCUAUAAAUGAUAAAAUUAGGAAUGAGUUGGAAGCUGAUUUUCAGUCAAAGAGUUGGAGACCGAGACUGGCUUUGAAGUACGCAUGGGAAGGCCAAUUUUCAAGUGCCUACACGUUAAACGUAUACAAGAUAUUCCAAGAAGAAAUUAACAAGAUAUGCAAUUGCAAUGUCAAAGAAGUUGCUUGUGUUGGAGAAGAUGAUGUAGGUGGUGUUGAGAGGUUUGAGGUAUUGGAAAUGCUCAUUGGGUGUAAUGAAUAUCAUAGGCAAUAUACUUACAUUGUGGAUUAUAGGCCGUCUGGGGAGUACAUCUCUUGCAAUUGCCGCAAGUUUGAAUUUAAGGGUAUUUUAUGUGUUCAUGUGUUGAAGGUUUUAGUUUACAAAGAUGUUCAAUAUGUGAAUGAAAGAUACAUAUUACGAAGAUGGCGAAAUGAUGUGUAUAGACCGCAUUCUCGUAUUGUAUUUACAAGUGGAUAUCCUUACAUGACAGCCGAGUACAAAGAAACUCAAGAAAUGGAGCAAGAUUAUCAAGAAUGUGUAGAAUUGGCUGGUUCUUGUGAAGAAAAAAGGAAAUUUUUGAAAAAGAGAAAUAAGGAGAUAAAGAAAGCGCUUAUAAAUUGGAAAACACCUUCUCCUGCAACAUCUGCUUCUGGUCUGGCUGAAGAAGGAAUAAGCCCUGAAAUUGUUGUUGGUGAUCCGAAGGUUAACCAACCAAGAUGCAGAACAAAGCAAAAGCGAUUCAAAAGUGGUGUCGAAAAGAAUCGGUCUCGUCGUAAAUAG